AACAAGUUACUACCCAACUCUGCAUUUAGCAUAUCUGGCAUAUCUAGCACAGAUAUGCUACGUUUAUGACUUUAAGAAAGUGUCAAAUCACCAUUCUGAUGAAUAAUUGAUAAAAUAAUCAAUAAUGAAAAUAUUUUUUCAUUCAUAAAUAAAUGUAGAAUUAACCACUCAGCUUUUAUUUAGGCAAUGUCCUCAUUUUAAGAAACUCUUUCAUUUUCACAGACACCUGAACGCGUCAUUGUGGUAGACGUGAACUAUCCUCACAGGUGGGCGGGGCUUAUCCCGACAGGUGUAGCAGCAGCUCCAACCCGCGCAGGUAGCGGUGAGCCUCUGCGUGACGAGCGGACAGGUUUUUGUUAGACAAAUACGCACCGUGUUCCUUUCUGCUAUUUGUUUGCGCAUAAACAGUUUAUUCCGCUCCUGCAGCAAUUUGCAUUCACCUGUAAUGAAGUCAGCGCGGCUCCAAAGGAACGACAUUCCCCUCCACUCGUGGACAAAUGUGGAUUUUUAGACUUAAAAACCCCAAAGUGGAGCUGAGGAAGAGGGAGAACGUCCUGGGCACGUUAUGAAAGCGUAACAUGAUAAUUUAAACAGCCAACAAAGAAAAUUAAAAGUUACAGUUCGGGGUAGAGAUGGAGUCGAUGGCUGGACUUCUGCUUCUUCUUGUCGUAUGCGUUCAAGGGGCCUUCGUGGAGCCUCCGCAGCCCAACACCGACCUCAUGGGGUUCACUGACGCCCAGACCAGACUCCCCUGCUGGUACCAGCUGGAGGAGGACCAGAAGAUGGUGCAGGUCUCCUGGGAAAAGGUGUUCCCAAAUGGGACCAGCAAGCAAAUCAUCACGGCCCACUUCACUGAAGGGACUAAAGUGCUUGAGAACCCUGACCGGGUGAGGUUUGAGACCUACAACCCGAUUUCUGAGAGCUCAGCUCUGCUCAUCCAAAUCACAAAGGUGUCAGACGCCGGCGUCUACCGGUGCCACAUCGCCACCCACCCUCAGGGAAGCUUCGACAGGACCAUCAAGCUCACUGUGUGGAUGCUUCCCAUCUCCUCCGUGGAACCGGAGAACCUGGUGGAAGGCCAGGCGUUCGGCCUUGUCGCCACCUGUCGGGCCGUGGGCUACCCCAGACCCGGGCUGUCCUGGGACACGGAGCUGCCCGGCCACUCCGAGAACCACACCGGGGAAGACGGGAAAGCGUUCAUCCAAUACUCGCUCCACCCGCUGCGCAGCAUGAACGGCAAGAAGCUGGACUGCUUGGUGUGGCAUCCCAGCUUGAAGGAACCCCGCAGGAUCGCUAACCGCCUGGUGGUCCAGUGUGAGUACAGAACAGAUGAACCACUUUGGACCAGUUAGGAUUUCCAUGCUGCUGUUGUUCAGUGUUAUGAGUUUGUUGUUGGGGAGAACUGGCUACAAAGUCAGAUCAGUGGAAUGACAUGAAUCACUUAAAGGGCGUCUAUCAUGAAAAAUUCACAUUUUGUAUGUUUUUAUGGUUCCGUUUUCUAAAAUGCUUAAAAAAACAACAAGAUGUUCUUUGGCAAUAAUUUAUUUUGGUGUCUGGAAAAUUAGAUAUUUUAAAAUCCUCCCAAUUGUUAAGUCAAUCAGUGGGCAUUGAUUGUGACUUAACAAUCUUAUGCAAUAUUAUAAAUACAUUCAAAAAAUGCAAAUAAACAAUCAUAUUUCUAGAAUACAAUAAACGUUUUAUUCCCUAAAAUGCAAUAGCAGCAUUCUUUUAGUGAAUACUUGAUUGUUUGUACCAAAUGAUGCAUCUGCAGUGAAAAAAUACUUUCAGUAUUGUGAAAAUCUCAACUCUUUCUGCUUGACUUAUCAAUACAGUGCAGAGCUGAUCAGUUGAUUUUUUUUAAAUUAAUCGAUUAAUAAUUGGAUAAAAAUAAUCCAAUUAUCCAUUUAGAUUAACUAGAGUUCACAGCCGGAUUCCCAGGAGGAAUUUUUUUAUUCCUAUUAUCAGAUAUGCCCAAACUUUUUCUGUGUCACAGCAAAGUGAGACGAAACGGGAAGAUUCGUUCCACUACAUUUUUACACGUUCAGUUAUGCAAAGCUGGAAUAUCAUUUACAGCUCUGGAAAAAAUUAAUAGGGCACCUUGUCUGAUUUUACUUUUUAUAGAUAUAUGUUUGAGUAAAAUGAACAUGUCUG